CUGUAGGAAUUAGAUGCGGAGUGAACGUUACAGGUGUAACACAGAGCGCCCAGCCGGGUCCGAGGCAGAAAAAAACAGCAGCAGUUUCAACGGUUUCUCAUGUAGACCCUGAAAACUCCUGAUGUGUCCAUUAAGAUGAUCUCCUCCAGUAUUCCUCACCAGUAGCUGGGCAGCAUGGCUUCUGCUCCUCCUUCCAGAGAGGACACCAGUAGCUCAUUAGCACUGCGCUGGAGGCUAACACCGACAUAGAUACACCACCCGCAGGACACCGACUUCAAACUGAACUGAAAUCAGGCUGAGCUGCACCCCCCCACAGACCUGGUUAAACAUACUUAUGAACUGCCUUCAGAGGAUGACUUGUGCCAGAGUGGCACAUGUCCAGGACAGUGACAUCACCACAGUGUAACAGCGGCAACAUCUGGACUGAGACCUUGGACCAUGUUCUGUCUCUGAUCGGUUGCUUUGGUGGCAGAGCUGGACUGUGCAGCUCUUCCACACUUAGACAAACCUGGACUCUGAGCCAUGUCUUUUCUCUCAGCCCUGAGCAUCGUCUGUGGAUUGAUGCUUCAUGUUUCGUUUAGUGCACUCGACACUCACUACUGUGUCCCACGAAAGACUGUCCCCUACCAGAACAAGCUGAAGUUGUUCAAAGAAGAGGGGAUCUUCAACUACUCCACUAUGCUAAUGAGAGACGACUUGGGUGUGCUGCUGCUGGGGGCCAGAGAGGCCAUAUAUGCUCUGGACAUCGACAACGUCUCGGUCAAAAAGGCUGCGGUGUAUUGGCGAGUUACCGAGGAGAAGCAGAGGGAGUGCACGUACAAAGGAAAACAUGCUGAGGUGGAAUGCCGUAACUACAUUCGAACCCUGCACAAAGUGAAUGACACCACAAUGUUUGUGUGUGGCACAAAUGCGUUUAGCCCCUCCUGCGAUUAUAUGACGUUUGUUAAUGGACAGCUGAGGCUGGAGGGAAAGCAGGAGGAGGGAAAGGGGAAGUGUCCUUUUGAUCCCUUCCAGAGAUACUCCUCCCUCAUGGUUGGAAAUGACCUGUAUUCUGCUACAUCCAUCAACUUCUUGGGCUCUGAGCCGGUGGUUCUGCGCAGCUCAGACUUGGCUCUCCGCACUGCAUUUAAGAGCUCCUGGCUCAGUGAGCCAAACUUUGUCUACAUGGACUUUGUGGGUGAGAGUUUUGGUAGUCCGGAUGGUGAUGAUGAUAAGGUGUACAUGUUCUUCAGUGAGAAUGCCAUGGAGUACGACUUCUACAGCAAAGUUGCAGUGUCUCGAGUGGCCCGUGUCUGCAAGGGGGAUAUGGGCGGCCAACGGACACUGCAGAGGAAAUGGACGUCGUUCCUGAAAGCUCGUCUGGAUUGUUCCCUCCCUGAACCCAGCCUGCCCCCCAUUGUCCAGGAUGUCUUCCUGCUGAAGGACGAGGACUGGAGGAAGAGCGUCUUCUACGCUGUCUUCACUCCGCAGUCGAGCUUGUCCCAGGUCUCUGCAGUAUGUGCAUAUAGUGUGUCGGCCAUUCGAGAUAUUUUUAAUGAGGGCAAGUUUAAGACACCCGUCGCUGUGGAGACAUCUCACGUCAAGUGGGUGAUGUACACUGGAGAGGUGCCAGUCCCCAGACCAGGAGCGUGCAUCAAUAGCGUGGCACGUCAAAUGGGGAUGAAUCGCUCUCUGGACCUUCCAGACAAAACCCUCCAGUUCAUUAGGGACCGGCCCCUUAUGGACGAGGCUGUUCGCCCGCUGACAGGAGGGCCACUUCUGCUCAAGAGGGGAGCUUUGCUGACUCGGAUUGUCGUAGACAAUGUGUUGGCACUGGACAGACAAAGAUAUGCUGUCAUGUUCAUUAGCACAGAAAACGGUUUCGUUCAGAAGGCUGUCAACUACGCUGGAGAGAUGUUCAUCAUUGAGGAAAUUCAGCUGUAUGAAAACCCAGUUCCUAUUAGCAUCUUGCGCCUCUCAUCCAGCAAGGGCCAACUGUAUGCAGGAUCAGAGUUUGGUGCUAUCCAGAUGCCCGUCAGUAACUGCAGCCGCUACGACACCUGUGUGGACUGCAUCCUGGCCAGGGAUCCUUACUGUGCCUGGGACUUCAACACCCAGCAGUGCUCCUCAGUCUACAGCUUAUCACCCCCCUCAAAUAAUGCAGUACAGAGUCUGAAGGAGGGAAACGUCUCACAAUGUCCCCAGCCAGAUCCAGUAGCAGCUGUGGACUUUACCCUAGUUCCAGAAAACAAUAUCCAGCUGCCUUGCCAGCUCCACUCUAACUUGGCGCAGGUCCUGUGGCGAUUCUCUGACCAAACACUUCACUCCAACAACAAAUACUACAUCUACAGCGGGGGCCUCCUCAUCCUGAGUGCCUCUGAAUCAGACGCUGGCCUGUACACCUGUGACUCAGUAGAGCUGAUCAACGGCAGAGCAUACAACCGGACUGUGGCGGUUUAUCAAUUACAGCUCUACUCUGGCGCAGGAGCGGGGGACCACACUACUCCUGGCAAUCAGGUGACAAAUUCCUCAAACUCUAUUCACAGUCUGACUACAGCUGCACCAGGGCUAGCAUCUCUGCCAAACCUGGUCAGCAAGGACCCGUUGUCCCCUGAAAGCCAAAGCAACACUAGCAGGGUAACUCGUUUAGAGGUGGCGGUGGCUCUGCUGUCGCUGCUUUGUCUCUCCCUGAUGGGGGUCUUAUUUUGGGUCUGGAGUCAGGGACGUUGGGGAUGCUUCAAGUUUGCGCAGCGCCCCAGUGAAAGCGAGCGGAAAAGGAAGUCAGCCGAAUACAUGCACAUCCCGAACAGAACUUCAGAGAUUAAGCUCCUGGGGCCUGAGUCUGGAAGACCUUGCAGUGCCAAUAAUAAUCACUCUGCUGUUAACUUCAAAGGGAACGGGGAGCACCACUUCACACCUAUGGCCAACAUUUCAAGUCUGGACGGGCUGGGAUACAUAAAUGAUGAGUCAGAGAUUUGACUCUGCUGAGGUAUAGAAUUCAGCCAAAGGCCGACAACAGUGCACUAAUUAUCUUCCUAUAGAUGUGCUGCUGUAGAAAAGGUCUUCACAUUAUAAAUUCUUUUGAUUGGCGUCAUGUUUCUCCUUGCCAAUUUCUUCCACUGUCUAUCAUUUCUGUUCUCUGACUGAGCAGCUGAUGAUGAGACUUAAUCAGGAUUUCUGUUGGAAUUUCACUCCAGGAAACAGUUGAAAAGUCAUUUUUUAUAUACUGUAUGUAUUUUUUGUACAAUGAUAAAUUGUGAAUACACACUGUGUAAUAUA